AUGGCGGCCUUUUCGUACUCUUCUACCAUUUUCCUACUCAACCCAAAACCCUUGUUUUUCAAAACAUCAGCACCCCCUAUUGUUCGAAAUCGCAAUCGAACAAACGGCUUUGCGUCGAAAAUAUCAUGCAAAUUGGGCAAAGAUGAUGAUUCUCAUAGCCGUACAACAAGCAAUAUUAGUAUUGAUGAAAAUAGUUUGACAUUGAAUAGAAGAAAUAUUCUAGUCGGGUUAGGAAGCCUAUGUGGAGCUACUACAACCACACUUCCUAGUCGUGCAGACCCUAUUGCGAUUGAUGUCACUAGUUGUGUGUUGAAGGACGAUACGGGUCUCCUAUGUUGCCCUCCGAUGCCAAGAAACAUAGUCGAUUUUAAGCCUACCGACAACCAAAUGUUAAGGCUUCGUCCUGCUGCUCAUUUAGUGGAUAACAAAUACAUAGACAAGUAUUCCAAGGCUAUACAAUUGAUGAAGAACCUCCCUGAUGAUGAUCCACGUAGUUUCACUCAGCAAGCCAAUGUGCAUUGUGCAUAUUGUGAUGAAGGAAAUUAUCAUCAAUUAGGGUUUCCAAAGUUUGAUUUUCUAGUGCACGAGUCUUGGUUAUUUUUCCCUUUUCAUAGAUGUUAUCUCUACUUGUUUGAAAAGAUUUUAGGAAAACUAAUUGAUGAUCCGUCUUUCGCUUUGCCUUUUUGGAAUUGGGAUAACCCUGAUGGCAUGUAUAUUCCUUCUAUGUAUACCAACCUUAUGUCUUCUUCUUUAUAUGACCCACUCCGAAAUGAAAAUCACCUACCCCCAAACUUAACGGAUCUUUCCUAUGACGGGGUUGAUAAUAAUGAGCUUACCCAAAACGAGUUGAUAGCUUCAAAUCUAGUAACCAUGUACCGUCAAAUGGUGUCCAACGCCAAGAACCCACCAUUGUUUUUUGGUAAAUCAUAUCGAGCAGGUGACGAGGAACCAAGAGGAGCAGGGACAAUCGAGAUUAGUCCACACAAUACAGUUCAUAGAUGGACAGGUGAUCCAACCCAACCUAAUGGAGAGGAUAUGGGUGCUUUCUAUUCUGCAGCCAGAGACCCAAUCUUCUUUGCCCACCAUGCAAACAUUGACAGGUUGUGGACCAUAUGGAAAACACUAGGGGGUAAGAGGAAGGACAUUCAAGAUCCAGACUGGUUGAAUGUUUCAUUCCUUUUCUACGAUGAAAAUGCCCAACCAAUACGUAUUAGGGUUCGAGAUUGCUUGGAUCCUAAGAAACUCGGGUACGUGUACCAAGAUGUUGAUACCCCCUGGCUUAAUUACAAGCCUACUCCAUCUAAGAUUAAGCCUGGUAAAAAAACACAAGAUUCCACCUUCUCGUUUCCUAGAAGAUUAGACGAUACAACUAUACGAACACGAGUGGCAAGGCCACAAAGGUCCAGGAGCAAGAAGCAGAAAGAAGAUGAAGAAGAGGUGUUAACGAUUGACUUAGAGCUCUUGCGAAUGGAUACUUAUAUCAAGUUUGAUGUAUACAUAAAUGAAGAAGACGAUUAUCCAAGGAGUAUCAGUCGUAUGAACACUGAGUAUGCAGGAUGUUUUGUGAGUUUGCCAAACCGCAAAACUAGUAAUAAAAAGACUAGCUUCACGGUUAGUCUUACAGAUUUAAUUGAUGAUCAAGGAGUAGAUGACGAUGACAGCAUCGAGGUGAGUGUGGUACCUAUAUCAGGAUCAGAUGCACUUGUCAUCACCGGUAUGAACAUCGAAUUCAUUUCUUAAUCAUACUAGUUUCUAUAUCUUCUUAAUUACCAUGUACGCUAUAAUCCCCAAAGAGAGUACGUACACUGGUGUGUGAUAUUUGCUUAUAUCUCGUUCUCGGGUGCACCGUACCAAUUAAUCGAGAGUGUUUUUUCUUUUUCUUUUUCUUUUUCUUUUUUAUUAGUUGUACUAAAAGGCUCUUGGGUUUAUACUCGAGUACUCCAUGCGUAAGGGAGGCGCACAUAUUUGUUUGGUUCCGUCGUAAUUCGAUACUUAUUGUUUUUUUUUUUUAAUUUGGAUCUGUAAUAAUUCAAUCAACAUAUUCAGAUUAUGUAACACUUCAAGUAUAAGACGCAUUGUUAUAUAUUAUCUCCGUUUCAAAUUUAUUUUUAAUCACACUUGUCUUUUUAAUCCGUUUCAUAAUAUUCUUUACAUUGUGUUUUAUAUUACUUUUGGACACGAACAUGUACCAUUUUACCCCUCUUACCUCCAAUAAUUUACCACAUUUUUAUACUAUUUCUUUUACUUUAUAAAUAUGUUACUA